AUUUCAUAGAGAGUUUGAAGCGCGUUCACAUUCAUCAAUUUCUUCAAUGCCCAUGUCGGUGGCUCGUCGAAAAAAGAUUAAGAUUAUAGGAUUUUAAUUUUUUUUACUCGCUCUCACAGGGGGGUGCCACAAGAAUUUACUCUCUUUCAUCUACCAAAAUAUAGAACGGCAUUUCCGAUCAACUACUUGUUUUUCCCUUACUUUUCCUUUUCCCGCCUUCAUCUAGCUUUUCGAUGUACUAACUGUGUUAUGGGGAUCCACUAAAUGAUCUACCCUCAUGACUUGUUAGAGUAUUUUCGAACACGUAGAAAAAUGGGAUGGGUAUGGGACUUUCUGCCUUGAUGUUGUAUUUUUUUCGUGGUACUACUAGGUUCAUAAGUUGUUAUAGUAUAAUGAUUCGAAAGGGCAUAAUUCGUUUAGUUAGAAAUAUUUUCUUUCUUUCAACAUUUUAUAAUUUAUUCAUAAGAACGUCACGUAGAAACAGGAUGGGAUUGGGGGAGGAGCCGCAUUCAUUACAAAAACUCCUCCUAUAUUUUUUAUGCAUCGAUCCGAUGCAGUGCUUCCAACAUCAGGUAUUGUCAUAUAGGUUCUCGUGCACGCUGAAUGUCACUUGGAAAACUGCUUUUAUUAAUGUGGUAAUGGUUUUUUUAUUUUUGGGUCCCUUUUUUCCUUCUUCGUCCUCCAAUUGUUCAUGCUGAAGUUCGUGGUGAGCAGAACAACUAGGCAUACCUCUUGCCAGGAACAUCUUCAGUCGAUCAAUCAAUCAACCAUAGAAUUGAUACGGGCAUCAUCUCUCUUUCGUAUUCACUUGUUGUUUUCCUUCCGUAUUUGUUUUUUUUCAUGUUCAUCCACCCACCUUUCCGCCAACAUCACCGGAUGAAUUGGGAUAAAGAUAAAGAAUAUGUCUCACUCGUGUAUUGUGCGUCAUGAUGAUGAUCUUCAGGAACUGUUUCAUCUCGCCGAUGGUUGAGAACGAGCAUCUGAGAAGAUGCACACGACAUGACAUCAUCAAUCUUCAUUUACUACGCCCCUCAGUAUUGUUUGAUAGAAGUCCGCAUCAACCCGGCCACGCUGAAGACUCUGAAUGAAACAAGCUGAAAAA